UUCCCCCGACCCGCCAGAACCCCGUCAAAACCCCAGUAGAGCAGACGGAACCAGCCCCGGGGCGGGUUCGAGCAGCUCCACAGCAGAAAAGUUGGGUUUAAUUUCGGCGUCGCUGAUGCUGCGUGACGUCACGGACCUUCGGGACUCCUCCACACCUCCAUUAUCCUCCGCUCCUGCGCCAUGGACCCGCGGACUGAGUGCUGCUGAGCCCCGCCGUCCCCGCGGAUCCACGCCGACCCCAGCACCGCUCUGCCGCCGCCGUGCACGCCGAUAAACGCGGAUAAACGCGGAUAAACGCGCACCCACGCCGGUCCACGCCGCCGCCUCCAGCUUCCGCUCAGCAUCCUCCAUAUUUGCAUCCAGGGAGUGGCAGCACCGACCCCCCCAUCCCCUCCCCGGACCCGGCCAGCACCGGGACGCGGCCCGCUCGGACCAGCCUCUGCUUUUCAUCGGGAAGGAAGGAAGCUGAACAUGGAGAGUGACGGCCUCCGUUCCCUAAUCUAGCGCCGGACCCUCGUCACCCUCGUCACCCAGGCCGGAGCUCCCAGGUCUCUGCCGCCUCGCCGCCGCCCCGAGGAUGAACAUGCUCAAGUCCAGCGGACUGAAAAUCCCUGGCCGUGGGCCCAAGCAUUCCAGCCCGGUGGGGAGGACCUCGACGGGGGGAACGUCCAGCCCCAUCGCCCCCAAAGACGGCACUCCAGUCAAGCCCGGCCCCCCAGUAAAAAUCUCGGAGGAAGGCGAUGACGUUUUGGGGGACUACACUGUCGGUGAACAAGUGUGGGUCAAUGGCGUCAAACCAGGAGUUAUAGCCUACCUAGGGGAGACCCAGUUUGCCCCUGGACAGUGGGCAGGGGUGAUCCUGAACGACCUAGUGGGCAAGAACGAUGGCUCAGUGGGUGGCGUCCGCUACUUUGAGUGCCAGCCCCUUCAGGGCAUCUUCACACGACCCUCAAAGCUCAACCGACAGCCGGUCGGAGAGGGCAGUGACAGCCAUUCCACCGACUCAGCUCAAAACCAGACUCAGCAGAGCGCCGGCGGCGCCCCCACUGGUCAGCGGGUGGUAGUGCCACUCAGAGAGGGUCUAUUAAACAGUGCUGUAAAAACAGGAAAUGAGUCCGGGUCCAACUUAUCGGAUAGCGGUUCUGUUAAAAAAGGCGGCGAUAAGGAUCUUCGAGUUGGAGAUCGAGUUUUGGUCGGAGGCUCAAAAAUGGGAGUAAUUCGUUAUAUGGGAGAAACAGACUUCGCCAAGGGGGAGUGGUGUGGAGUGGAGCUGGAUGAGCCCCUGGGGAAGAACGAUGGCGCAGUAGCUGGUACAAGGUACUUCCAGUGUCUCCAAAAGUUCGGCCUCUUCGCUCCGAUCCACAAGGUGAUCCGGAUCGGCUUCCCCUCCACCAGCCCCGCCAAGGCCAAGAAGAGCAAGAGGGUCGCCAUGGGGGUGUCCUCUCUAGCCCACAGCCCCAGCAGCUCCUCCAUCAGUUCAGUCAGCUCGGUGGCCUCAUCCGUGGGUGGACGACCGAGCCGAGCUGGACUUCUGACGGAGACGUCUUCGCGCUACGCCCGAAAGAUCUCGGGCACCACUGCGCUGCAGGAAGCCCUGAAGGAGAAGCAGCAGCACAUCGAGCAGCUUCUGGCCGAGAGGGACCUGGAGCGAGCUGAGGUGGCCAAGGCCAACAGCCACAUCUGUGAGGUGGAGAAGGAACUGAGCGUUCUCAAGACGCAGCACGUGCAGUACAUCUCCGAGAACGAGAGCACGCUCCAGCAGGUCAAAGCCAUGCUGGCCGGCACGCAGAAAGACAAGCUGGAACUGGCCAAUCAGCUGGAAGAGGAGAAGAGGAAAGUGGAGGACCUGCAGUUCAGAGUAGAGGAGGAGUCCAUCACCAAAGGAGACCUGGAGGGAAGACGCAGUCAUCCUGCAGCGUCCUUGCGGUUGGGUAAGAGAACCAAGCAAACCACCGUUGAAGAGCAGAGUCGCAUCGUGCAGCUGGAGGAGGAGCUCGGCCUCAGAAGAGCUGAGAUCGAGGACCUCCAGGCGAAGCUCAGGCGGGCGGAUGGCGGUGCGGCCCCGGGGGCCGGCGCUCCACCGGAGACCCCCCUCCUGCGCGAGGGGCUGGUGUCGGCAGACCAUGAGACCGCAUCAGAGAGCUGCGAGCUCAGAGGGAAGUACGAGGCUGCAUUAGCAGCAGGCCAACAGGAGGUGGAGUCGCUGAAGGCGCUGGUGGAUAAACAGAACCUUGAGAUCAGCGAGAUGAAGCAGAAAGUUCAGCAGGGCUCCAAGGAGAGCAUGGAAAUGAUGGACGGCUGGAAGACUAAAUUUGACACGUUAGUGAGUGACCACCAGCGAUCCUUGGAGGAACUGAAAGCAUCAUUGAGCAGAGACCAGGCUGCUCCGGAGGGUCAAGAGCAGGAUGCCCAGGAGCUGAGAACCGCCCUGGAGAGCCUGAAGAUGGAGCACCAGCUGGAGGUGGAGAACCUCAAGGCCAAGCAAAAGAUCGAAGCAGCCAUGCUGACGAAGGAGCGCGAGGACCUCUACGCUCGCCUUCAAGAGGCCAAAGACCAGUUGGGCGACGGCAGCAAGCCCUGGAGGUCCGAUGUGGAGGCCCAAAGCAGCAAGCGUGCCCUGGACGAGGCCACGGAGAAGCUGCAGAGGGCGGAGCACAGGCUGGCGGAAAUGGAGAAAGUCCAGGUGGAGCGGGACAAAAGCACGGCGGAGCUGCGGGACAAACUGGAGCUGUCGGAGAAGAGGAUGACCGAUUACCAGGCUCUGCAGAAAGCUCAGGCGGAGAGCCAAGAGGAGAUCCAGAAACUGGAGGAGAAGCUGAGGGUGACAGCGAACCAGCUGCAGGCCGUCCAGGCUGACCGCUACACGUCUCGCGAUGCAAACGUCAUAGAAGACAACGAAAUUGCAGAUGAGAAGAUGAAGCUCAAGCAGAAUGUCGACGAAACGAUGGAGAAGUUAAUGAAAAGGGAAAAAGAAGUCUCUACCCUCACUUCCCAGGUCGAGGCCCUCAAAUCACAGAUUGGAGUCCUGGGAGCCAAAGUUCACUCGGGGGAAAGGAAAGCUGAAAUCCUGGCCAAGGAGAAGAACCGUUUGGAGGCCGAGCUCGAGUCCAUGACCAGAAAAUCCCACGAUGCCUCUGGGCAGCUGGUCAGCAUCAGCCAGGAUCUGCUGAAGAAAGAGCGGAGUCUGAAUGAACUGAGGGUGUUGCUCCUGGAAUCACACCGUCACUCGCGGGACAUGGAGAAAGACAUAAGCCGAGAAGUGCACAAAGCUGAGUGGAAGAUCAAGGAGCAGAAGCUGCAGGACGACAUCAGAACCCUGCGAGAAAAGCUGCUUCUGCUGGGUCGGGAGCGGUCCUCGCCCGACCACCGGCGGUUCUCCAUGCUAGAACCCUCGGCUCUGGACUCGGAGGUGAAUCGCCUGCGCCAGCGGCUCCUGGGCACCGAGGACGCCCUGAGGAACGCCUUGGAGCACAACCAGCAGGUGGACCAGCUGGUCCAGGCCAUGCGUAAACGUCCCGAUAAAAGCCCGGCCCACGGUGCAAAUUCAGCUAAUGGGAUUCAUCACCAGGAGUCAGAUGGCACUCAAGAUGAACAACACUGAUACAAACCGGACGGAUAAGACGGGGGACACGACCCGGACCGACCUGGGACGCGCAGACGAAGCUUCUCCGACACAUCUCCUUGAUCCUGCUACGAUGCCUGAAGAACAUUUCCGUUUACACUUAAAACCAAAACAGCAAACCUCUUUCUCAAGUGAAUUUAUGUGUCGUUGCAGAAAGCACCUAUUAGCCAAUCAUGAAGCUUAAACUACUAUAAAAAUAAUGGACAUUAAGAGAUAUUAUUGGGACAACUGCUGAAAACAUACAAUAUGGCAACUUUUGAUGCUUUACAGUAGAAAGUUUGAAGAACUUUGACAAUUCUGAAUUCUGAUCUGGGAAGCGAAACUGCUGAUGGACAACUUCAUGAAAAACUGAGGAGCUGUGUCUCUAUCGCUUUCUUUUUUCUUUUAUUUAUUACAUUUCCUUUGCUGUUUCUUUGGGAUAAUCCACUGUGCUGUAGGGGGGCCGUCUUGGCCGGUGACACACAUGAAUUCUGACUAUUUUUUAGCAAAUUUGGCUCAUUGGUCACCUUAACUCAUGAGAAUUGGUAUCAAAGUAACUCAUACCUGGUUUGAGUUAGCAGUUGUAGCGCACAAAAAUGAAUGAAAAUACUUUCUCCACCAAAAACAUGCUUUUAUGAGUCGGAAACAAAGUUGGUGGGCUUUAAAGCUUUUUGUAUUCCGUUAGGGCUCUGGUCAGCGUGUAUGCAUUUGAAACGUUUUCUUCUUCUCCAGAAACCAUUUCUUGCAAAACUGUAGGAUGCCUUGUCACAUGUUUGGCCUGUAAACACUAUUUCAGCCUUUUAAUAUGAAAUCAGUCACUAAACGUAUGGGGGGAAAAAAAGCCCCAGUCAUUCUCUUGUGGGUAAAAGUCUUAGCACGCGAGUCUUCGAGGGGCAUCUGGAUGUAAGGAAAAUGAAAGGUACAAAACAGUGUGAAUUUUAAUUUAAGGAUUUUAUGCAAGAGAAAAUAAUGUAUUGUACUUUUGCAUCCAGGAGUACUACAAUAAUGAAUCUGUUAACUGGUGGUUAUGCAGAGCCACUGAUGGAUCACAGAUCAAUAAUGGGAUCACCCCACAUGCACAGGCUCAGCAGUGUUUUUCAGAAGACUGACGCUGACUUGGCCUCUAAUCCUCCCCUGAGUAACGAGGCCGCUGAGCCCUUCCCUAAAAGCAGCUGUUUCUGUGGUUGUGUUUUGUGGGACGCCGGACGUCAGCGGACUCGCCGCUCAGACUGGUGUCAACUAAUCUGGAGGGUUUGCUGAAUUCAGCUUUGAGUGAUGCUACACCUGGUUUAAAUGGAUGUAAUAAAUUAUUCCUGACUUCUUCAUUCCUUCAUAUGCAGUCUGGCCAUGUAUGGGUCUGUCUGCUAUAACUGUUUAGUUUUUUUUAUUUACUGUACUUCCAUAUUGUGGUAUCAAUGGACUAUAUACAGAAUGACAUGACACUCCAGCAGAUCCACUUCUAUGUCUUAAAAUGUCCCUGGAUUGCUUUACUGACCCCCUUUUAAUCCUACUGAAGGGCUGUCACCUCGUACAACGAAUGUGGGAUGUGUCCCUCGCCCCCGCCCAGAUUAAUGACCCCUGGCCUUCAUUUGGAUUUAUAUUGCAAGUCUUCCAAAGGCAGAUGUGUUUUUCUGUUUGCAGGUUGCUGUUGCUUUACACGUGACAAUACGACGAGGCCAGCGUUGCGUAGCAAGCUUGGAGUCGUCUCUCCUGCACAGAACAUGCAGGGUUGGCACUCGUCGACUAGUCGAAACUCAAAUUCUAUAUUGGAUAUUACUGUACAUGGCCUGGAGGAUUCAUACCCUUUGAAUAAUUGCUGCCCUGUUUUUGGAGAUUGAGUCAUUAAAUAUUAACAAUGUGGUAAA